AUGAGAUUUCUGCGAAAUAAUUUCUUUUCGUUUUUAUUGCUGACGACAAGAUUGUUGUGGAGUGUUCGUGGAGACCCAACAUGCAGACCUUACCUUGAUGACGGUGUAUGCUCUAAUUAUAUAACAAGUGAUGAUUAUAUCUAUCUCAACGGAACGGUGUCGCUUGAAGAAAUCGAGAUUUCGCUGGGGAACCUUAAAGUCGCUCAAGGACUUUCAUUGAUGGCCGGUAAUUCCUCGUUGUGCAUUGAUGCGUUCACGAGCUAUGCGUGUGGCGUGGCCUAUCCAAAGUGCUUCAAGAAUGAAUCGUCUCCUAAUUCCUUGCCGCAAGCCGUCAAAAUCAGCCUCCCUUGCCAAUCGACAUGCACAAAUGUAAACGAGCAAUGUUCACAAUCUACGGAUCCAUUAGUAUUAGUUUAUAUCAAACCAUUAUUUUUGUAUCCUAAGAACUGUUCCAACAUCAGUUCCACACCACCUUUGAACGUGCAGUUUCCGACUUCCAACUGCAACUCCGGCAAAAAACUCAAGUCCACUCCACGAUGCUUCCCCCCCCUCGUGGAAGACACCUUGUUCACAAGCAACAAUUCGCAGACCCUGGACGCUGAUUACUGCAGAUUUGGUUGUUGCCUACCUUGUCCCCAACCUUAUUACCUGUAUCCGAGUG